AUGUCGGCCAACAAUAAAGAAGAAAAAGACUCCAAUAAUUUAUCUUUUAAUAAAGAAGAAAAACCACCUGCCAGCAAAAACAAUCAAAGUGAAUCAGAAUCAAGCCCCGGAUUAAUUCUUUCUAGCGGAGAAAUAAAUUGGGAUUGUCCUUGCUUAGAUGGAAUGGCCUCAGGACCUUGCGGUUCAGAAUUUAAAGAAUCAUUUCUCUGUAUGUUCAAUAGUAACACUAAUGAGGAACAAGAUAAUUUAGAGUGUCUUACAUCUUUUAAAAAUUUGUUCACGUGUAUGUCAGAAUAUCCUGAUUUUUAUCGUGAAAAGGGAUUUUCCGAAGAUCUUUUGAGCAUGAAAAAGGAACCUGAAAAAUCUGCAGAAAAUGAAGAAGACGAUAAGAAGAAGAACCAAAAACAGAACAAAAAUGAUAAAACAGAAUCUAAAGAAUGA